AUGCCACGGAACCCAGCGUUUUCAGAACCAGAGUUUUCUGUGGAGUAUUCAGCAGACUGCUCCGUGACAUUGCCCUCUGACCCCGGCCAGGCUGUGGGGCGAACACAUGAGGUGACGGUGAGAAGCUCUGGAUGCUGCCUGUGCUUGCCGCGCUUCAUGCGUCUCACCUUUGCACCCGAGUCUUUGGAGAACCUCUACCAGACCUACUUCAGGCGGCAGAGACAUGAGACCCUGCUGGUUCUGGUGGUGUUUGCAGCCCUGUUUGACAGCUACGUCCUCAUCACGUGCGCGGUGGUCUACACCUCUGACAGGCUGGCCUCUGUUUUAGUAGCAUCAGUGGGACUUACUGGGGAUAUUAUUCUCUACCUGCUGUGCCGCUUUGGAUUGCUUCCAGACCGGAUCACACGGCGAGUGGUACCGUUCGCCCUCUGGGUGCUCAUAGCGGUCCAGAUUUUCUGCUACUUAGGCCUGAACUAUGCUCGCUUCCACCAGGCCAGUGACACGGUAGGCUGGCAGGCGUUUUUCAGCUUUUCUUUCUUUCUUACUCUGCCUUUGAGACUCACACCCAUUGUGCUUAUCACCGCCGUGUCCUGUGGGGUCCACACCCUGGUUCUUGGGGUCACUAUUGCACAGCAGCAGCAGCAGCAGCAGGACAUCGAGGGGGCAGCACUCACCAGACAGCUGUUGGCCAACAUUGUGAUCUACUUUUGUGCCAUCACUGUGGGUGUCAUGUCGUACUACAUGGCUGACCGGAAGCAUCGAAAAGCUUUUCUGGAGGCAAGACAGUCGCUGGAGGUUAAACUCAACCUGGAAGAGCAGAGCCAGCAACAGGAACGUCUUUUGCUCUCCAUUCUACCCAAACACAUAGCAGAUGAGAUGCUGAAGGACAUGAAGAAGGAGCCCAGUCAGAAGGAGAUGCAGCAGUUCAACACUAUGUACAUGUACAGGCAUGAAAAUGUCAGUAUUUUGUUUGCAGACAUUGUGGGCUUCACGCAGCUGUCAUCGUCCUGCAGUGCUCAGGAACUGGUUAAACUGCUCAAUGAGCUUUUUGCUCGCUUUGACAAACUGGCUGCUAAAUAUCACCAGCUUAGGAUCAAGAUCUUGGGAGACUGCUACUAUUGCAUCUGUGGUCUUCCAACCUACAGAGAGGACCAUGCAGCUUGCUCCAUCAUGAUGGGCCUGGCCAUGGUGGAAGCUAUCUCGUAUGUGCGAGAGAAAACCCAGACUAACGUGGACAUGAGAGUGGGAGUGCACAGUGGUACGGUCCUAGGAGGAGUUCUGGGCCAGAAACGAUGGCAGUACGAUGUCUGGUCCACAGACGUCACUGUGGCCAAUAAAAUGGAAGCUGGAGGUAUUCCUGGUCGGGUUCACAUCUCACAGAGUACCAUGGAAUGUCUUCAUGGAGAGUUUGAUGUGGAGCCUGGAGAUGGAGGUGACCGCUGUGACUACCUGAGGGAGAGGGGGAUUGAGACCUACCUGGUGAUUGUUCCUAAAGGGCCUGUGGGAAAGAACGGCAUCAGUGGUGUGAAGCUGUCUGUAACCUCUUCCAAUGGAAACUCCCCACUUUUAAUCAACACAACAGAGUGUAACGGCAGUGUGAACACAGCCUGCACAACACCGGAGGAACCAGAGGAGCUGGACACCAGGGGAAAACACACCAACAAGCUGUCCCUGAGAUUUGUGGAUCCAGAUAUGGAGACUCGUUUCUCUGUUGAGAAGGAGAAGCAGAGCGGAGCUGCCUUCUGUUGCUCCUGUGUGGUUCUUCUCUUCACUUCAGUUAUGGAAGCACUCAUAGACCCCUGGCUGGUUGCAAACUACAUCACCUUUGUCAUAGGAGAGGUGCUUCUACUCAUCUUGACCAUCUGCUCUAUGGCUGCCAUCUUUCCCAGAGUGUUUCCCAAGAAGCUGGUCUCCUUCUCCACUUGGAUUGACCACACUCGCUGGGCUCGAAACUCCUGGGCCAUGGCAGCCAUUUUCAUCCUGAUUAUGGCAGACCUCAUAGAUAUGUUAAGUUGUCUGUCUCGUGCCUCAGAGCCAGACAGCCCCACAGAGGCCCCCUCCUCUUCUUCGUCCUCCCGAUACAACCUCGAAGGUUGCCUGAACAACCCCAAGUAUUACAGCUACAUUGCUGUGUUAGCACUCAUGGCCACUACCAUGCUGGUUCAAGUCAGUCACAUGGUGAAGCUCACACUGAUGCUCCUCAUCACAAUAACAACUGGCAUUGUUAACAUUUACAGCUGGAGGGACAUCUUUGACCGCUACGACAUGAUCCGUUUCCAGAAUUACAGGUGGGAAGAUGGGCUCUGA